AAUUGCAUACUUAUCUUAUUAGCAAGCAAAAGAGUGUUUACUCUUGGUCUCUACUCUCAACACUCUACAGAGUCUACUUACAGUCUGCUGCUCUACUCCAUUUUUCUCUUCUUCCUACCAUUUUCAACAAACAUCCAAAACCAACCGUCUUUUCUCACUUUCUUUCUCUCUCUACCACCAUGAAAUCAGUUGGCAGCCAUUAAAGCUCCCCAAUUUCUUCCUUUUCUAACUCUACAACCCGACAGUUUUCUCUCUCUAAACCCAUUUUCCCAUAAUGGGUUGCACAGCUUCCAAACUCGACAAUGAAGACACUGUUCGCCGCUGCAAAGAACGUCGCCGUUUGAUGAAAGACGCCGUUUUCGCGCGCCACCACUUAGCCGCUGCUCACGCCGACUAUUGCCGUUCUCUUCGCGUCACCGGUGUUGCUCUUUCAGAUUUCGCCGCCGGUGAACCUCUCUUAAUCGUUUCUCCUUCUACUCCCUCUGUUCUUAUCAAUAACAAUCAAUUUCAAAAAAACCCUAAAUCUUCUUUUGUUGAUACCAAUCAAUUCGAAACAAACUCUAAAUCCCCUUUUAUCAAUUACAAUCAAUUCGAGAAAAACCCUAAAUCACCUUCUUCGAUUUCUACUACUUCAUCAUUCAAACCUCCUCCGCCGAUCAAAACAGCGCCACCGCCGUUUUCUCCGACGAUUGCUAGCUCGAAAUUGCCGCAUAUUUUGUCUGAUUCGAGUGUUAAAUCGGGGAACAAGUAUAUGGGUAACAUUAGUAAUGAUGUUGUUGAGAAAAUCAGGGUGAAAAAGGUUGGUCCGAAAUUGCCGCAUAUUUUGUCUGAUUCGAGUGUUUCAUCAUCUACACCUAAAUCAACUGCAUUUGAUUUUUUAGGUGAAACUACUUAUGUGGGAAUCCCUAAUUCUAAUUAUGCUACUACUCCUUCUCAAGCUUCUUCGGUUUGGAAUUGGGAUAAUUUUUACCCUCCUCCUUCCCCACCUGCUUCUGAAUUUUUUCAUCAAUCUACCAAAAAUGAUUUUUCCCAUCAUGAUAAAAAUGGGGGUUUUGAUGAGGAUGAGAGAGAACGAGGAGGAGAGAGUGAAAGAGAAGAAGUUCACUGUAGUGAAUGGGGUGAUCAUUACAGUAGUACAACUUCUGAGUCUGAUGAAGAUAUUAAUCAUACUAAAGAUGAUGAUGAGGAAGAAGAUCUUGAUGGGGAUGAUGAGAGGGACUCAAGAUCAGAGAUUUCAGAGCUUCGAACCCGGUCACAUUUUGGGUCUUCAUCGAUUAGGAGUGAAUCGGGUCCGACUUUGAAGAAGGUGGAAGAAAGGUCUGAGGAUGGAGCUUCCAGUUCUUCGUCAAGGAGGUGGAAGAAUAAUGGUAGUGGUGCUGGUGGAAGAGAGGUUUGUGGGACUGAUGAAAUGUGGAUUGUUGUAAGGCAUAAAGAUCUUCAGGAGAUUGUGAGUUCACUUAAGGAUUACUUUGAUAAAGCUGCUGAUGCUGGUGAUAAUGUUUCUGAGAUGUUGGAAACUGGUAGAGCUCAGCUUGAUCGGAGUUUUAGACAGUUAAAAAAAACUGUAUAUCAUUCAAGUGGGGUGUUGAGUAGCUUGAGCUCAAGUUGGACUUCGAAGCCUCCAUUGGCGGUGAAGUAUCGGCUUGAUACAAGUGCUUUGGAUGCAGUGGGAGGUUCUAAGAGUCUUUGUUCAACAUUAGAGCGCCUUCUAGCAUGGGAGAAGAAGCUUUAUCAAGAAGUCAAGGCUAGAGAAGGUGUCAAGAUAGAGCAUGAGAAGAAGUUGGCAACGCUUCAAAGUCAGGAAUACAAAGGUGAAGAUGAAAUUAAGUUGGACAAAACAAAAGCUUCAAUUAAGAAGCUACAGUCUCUAAUUAUUGUUACUUCCCAAGCUGUCAAUACUACAUCAUCUGCAAUUGUUGGCACCCGGGACAGUGAUCUAAUUCCACAGCUCGUAGAAAUUUGUCAUGGGAUGAUGUACAUGUGGAGAUCAAUGAAUCAGGUCCAUGAAGUUCAGAACCAAAUUGUGCAGCAAGUACGUGGUCUCAUAAACCGUCAAGUUAAAGGGGAACAAACCUCUGAACUUCAUCGACAAGCAACUCGAGACCUGGAAUCUGCCGUCUCUGCCUGGCACUCCAGUUUCUGUCGCCUAAUCAAAUUCCAACGGGACUUCGUCCGCUCUCUUCAUGGUUGGUUCAAGCUCACCCUUCUUCCAGUUGAAAACGAAUCCACAAACAUGAUACCGGAGGCCUCAGAUGCAUAUCCCUUUUUCGACGAGUGGAAGAACGCCCUCGACCGCCUUCCUGAUACCGUCACAUCCGAAGCCAUCAAAAGUUUUGUCAAUGUAGUCCACGUGAUAUCUUUGAAGCAAACCGAGGAAUUCAAAAUCCAAAAGAGAACAGAAACAAUAUCAAAAGAGCUCGAGAAGAAAGCUUCCGCUCUUAGAAACAUCGAGAAGAAGUAUUACAACUCUUAUUCUACGGUAGGCAUUGGUUUUCCGCACAGUGGAACCGACAGUGGACAAGUACUUGACGCAUGUGAUCCAUUGGCCGAGAAAAAACUUGAGCUCCAAGCUUGCCAAAGGCGAGUAGAAGACGAGAUGAUGAAACAUACUAAAGCAGUGGAGGUAACUAGAGCAAUGACAUUGAACAACCUGCAAACAGGCUUACCGGGAGUUUUUCAGUCUUUGACAAGCUUCUCGAUGUUAUUCAUGGAGGCGCUGGAGGUAGUGUGUACGCGUUCAUACGCAAUAAAAUAAUUCAAAAAGUAGUAAAUCGCGCUUUUUUGUCUUUUUUGGGGGAUUUGCAUUUUUUUUUUGGAUUUAAGAUAAGCUAGCUUAGAGAGGGCUGGGAAUUUUUGGCUGUGGUCUCUUCUGGGUUUUGUUGGUAUGUACUCUAUUGUAGAUAUGUGGAAUUUUGAAAGUUCAUCUUUAUAUUGGUUCAGGGGUUGGAAUUACCCUGUGUACAGAAAACUGCUUACAUUAUGUCUGUUUUCUGUGAAUUUACAUGAUUCAAUAUUUUAAUAUCAAUAAAUGUCCAACUACUCCUAAUCAUUUA